UUCUGGGAGCUCGCUUGCAUCGAAGGCUUAGAACUCCUAUCGGUAUCUGUUACAUGGGUAAACAGAUCUCUUCUCGACUAUCUUAGGUCUUAUUCGGGAAUACACUUGCUAUCAGUAAGCAUUGACGUCGAGGAAGUAGAACAUGAAGAGGAGCGACGCUUCGCCGAUGACUUCUACCAUGUCAUCCUACCUGCACAUGCGCAGACGCUUACAGAGCUGUACAUCCGGCCCUCCUACGCCGGCGCUUGGUGUUUCGAAGAGAAGCAUCUGGCCGCUUUGCUGCAGUGCAAUGGAUUGACUGCUUUACGUCUGGCCCUCGAUUUGCCUCAU